AUGUCCUCCAAACACUUCAUCAACGACCCAACCCUCCUCGUCAACACCGCCCUCCACAGCCUAACCCUCACCAACCCCAACGUCGCUCUCGACCCCGACUCCAAAAUCAUCUACCGCCGCCCAUCCCAUGCCGCCCCCCAAGUAUCAAUCAUCUCCGGCGGAGGAUCCGGCCACGAGCCCUCCUUCGCCGCCAUGGUCGGACCAGGCAUGCUCUCCGCCGCCGUAGCAGGCACCAUCUUCGCCAGCCCGUCUGCCGAACAGGUCCGCACGGGCAUCACCUCCCGCGUCGACACCUCCAAGGGUGUCCUGGUCGUGGUCAUGAACUACACCGGCGAUGUGCUCAACUUUGGAAUGGCCGUCGAGAAAGCCAAGGCCAGUGAGCUGAAUGUCGAAAUGGUAGUGGUAGGCGAUGACGUCGGCGUGGGGAGAGCAAAAGCCGGCAAAGUAGGACGCAGAGGUAUCGCCGGCACGGUCUUGGUGUUGAAGAUCGCUGGUGCUCUGGCCGCGCAGGGACGGUCUUUGGAUGAAGUCGCCAAGGUGGCUAGGCUGACGGCUGAUAAUAUCGUCAGCGUGGGAGCUAGUCUGGAGCAUGUCCACGUUCCGGGGAGGGCGGUCGACGCGCAGGAAGAUAAGUUGGCGCAGGGGGAGAUUGAGAUUGGAAUGGGCAUUCACAAUGAACCUGGUUCGGAGAGGGCAGAGCUCAAUUUGCCGCAGUUGGUGGCCAAGAUGCUCGCCCAGCUGCUUGAUUCCAACGACAAGGACCGCGCCUUCUUGAACGUGAAUUCCAAUGAGGUGGUUUUGAUGAUCAACAACCUGGGCAGUGUGUCGGUGUUGGAAAUGGGCGGCAUUACUACCGAGGUUGUGUCACAGCUGGACUCCAAGUAUGGCAUUCACCCGGUUCGUGUUAUUUCGGGGACAUUCAUGACGAGUUUGAACGGGCUGGGGUUCAGCAUCUCGUUGCUCAAUGUGGUGAAUACGGAUAUUGGCGGCCCCGGAAUGAUUGAGUUGCUUGAUGCUGAUGCUGAAGUAACGGGGUGGUCAGCACCGAUUCGGAAAGAAACAUGGGAGGCCAAAAACACGGCUACCCGGACGGAUGAGAAGGGACAGAAUAAGGAGGUCAAGCCUAGUGGGUUGAAGAUGGAUACAAGCCUAGUCAAGGAGAGGUUGACCCUGGCGUUGGAGAGGGUUAUUGCAGCUGAGCCUGAAGUCACACGAUAUGAUACCGUCGUUGGCGAUGGCGACUGCGGCAUUGGUCUGAAGAGGGGAGCACAAGCCGUCCUCAAGCACAUCAACCAAAACACUCUCACAGACGACCCCCUCCUAACACUGGCAUCCAUCAUUCCCGUCGUCGAAUCCACCAUGGACGGUACAUCCGGUGCCCUGUAUGCCAUAUUCCUCAACGCCCUCGCCCAUGCUCUCCGGUCCCUACCGUCAGGAGACCUGAGCCCUUCCCUCUGGGCAAAGGCUCUCCAAGGCUCUUGCGACGCCCUGUCCAAGUACACGCCCGCUCGGCCCGGUGACAGAACCCUCGUAGAUGCACUGUAUCCCUUUGUGCAGGUCCUCGGCAAUACUGGAGAUGUGAAGCAGGCGGCGGAGGCGGCGAAGAAGGCUGCGGAUGAGACUAAGGGCAUGCAGGCUAGUCUGGGGAGGACAGUGUAUGUGGGUGGCAAGGGAUUUGAGCAGGUUCCUGACCCGGGGGCGUUUGGACUGGCUUGCUUCUUUGGCGGGUUGGCUGGGCUUAAGGGGGAUGAGGAAUGGGAGAGGGUGUGA